UUCUCCUCCCAGUUAUCAAUUGUUGACACUUGUGGGAUCCGUGAUGGCUGUCCUGCAGAAAUCUAUGAGCUUUUCCCUUAUGGGGACUUGGGCUGCCAGCUGCCUGCUUCUCAUUGCCCUGUGGGCCCAGGAGGCAGAUGCGCUGCCCAUCAACUCCCAAUGCAAACUUGAGGCAUCCAAUUUCCAGCAACCGUACAUCGUCAACCGCACCUUUAUGCUGGCCAAGGAGGCCAGUCUAGCAGAUAACAACACAGAUGUCCGGCUCAUCGGGGAGAAACUGUUCCGAGGAGUCAAUGCUAAGGAUCAAUGCUACCUGAUGAAGCAGGUGCUCAACUUCACCCUUGAAGAUGUUCUGCUCCCCCAGUCAGACAGAUUCCAGCCCUACAUGCAGGAGGUGGUACCCUUCAUGACCAAGCUCAGCAAUCAGCUGAGCCCCUGUCACAUCAGCGGUGAUGACCAGCACAUCCAGAAGAAUGUAAGAAGGCUGAAGGAAACAGUGAAAAAGCUUGGAGAGAGUGGAGAGAUCAAAGCGAUUGGAGAACUGGAUCUGCUAUUUAUGUCCCUGAGAAAUGCUUGCGUCUAAGCAAGAGAAGCUAGAAAAUGAACAACUGGUCCUUCCUGUCUAUUAAAAAGAACAAUAAGACUCCUGAAUGGACUUUUUUACUAAAGGAAAGUGAGAAGCUGAACUCCACCAUCGUUAGAAGAUUUCAUAUGAAACCUGGUUCAGUUGAAAAAGAAAAUUAAUGUCGUUAUCCACGAGACUAGAGGUAGACUUGUUAACCACAAGGAUUCAUUGACAAUAUUUAAUUGUCAUUGAUGAUACAACAGAAAAAUAUGUAUUUUUUAAAAAAAUUUUAUUUCCACAAAGGAGAUUACUUCUUAUUCCUUUAGAAAAAAAGCCUGUGUAACUUCAUUUCCAUAACAAAUACUUUAUAUAUGUAACUUUAUUUAUUAUAAGUAUACAUUUUAUUUAUGUCAGUUUAUUAAUAUAAAUUUAUUUAUAGAAACAUUAUCUGAUAUUGAUAUUUGAGUAUAAGGCAAAUAAUAUUUAUGAUAAUAACUAUGGAAACAAGAUAUCUUGGGCUUCAAUAAACACAUGAA